GUUAAUUUUUCAGAACCCAAGGCAAGAUAUUAUUUUUUUACUUCCCCUUUUCUAACUCUUGCAGAUCUCAUCUGAGUACCUCCCUUCUGUCCUCUUUCGUGGAUGAGAAAGAAGCCUGGCUUGUGGUGAGAGAGACUUUCCCUGCCCUCAGCCAGGCCACAUCCCCAUGUUUCUGUGGCUGCUACUGCUGAUCCUGGCUCCUGGAAGAGAUCAAUCAGGAGUAACUCCAAAAGCUUUUCUUCUCCUCAAUCCUCCAUGGUCCACAAACUUCAAAAAUGACAGAGUGACUCUCACAUGCAGAGAUUCCCUUUCUCCAGCCCAAGGAGACAUAUCUUGGUAUCAUAAUGAUCAUUUGUUGGAUAAUAAAUCUGAAGAGAUCCAAAUACACAAGACUGGAUAUUACAAAUGCAAGACUCGAAGAUCUUCUCCCAGUGACCCCGUACAUAUGGAUUUUUUACCUGACAGACUGAUCAUCCAGGCUCCACACCCUGUCUUUGAAGGAGAUGAUGUUGUUCUGAGAUGCCAGGGGAGAGAAGCAACAAGUGAAACAGUUUUAUACAAAAAUAAAAAAGAAAUUAGGAAGAGUUAUAUAUCAAACUUCACACUAAAUUCAGUCUCCAGGGACAAUGGCAAAUAUCAUUGUACUGCUUCUAGGAAACACUUUUGGGGAAUAACGAGAGACAUUUCAAAACCUCUAACAAUUCAAGUUCAAGAGCUGUUUCCCCCUCCUGUGCUGACAGCCAGACCCUCCCAGCCCAUAGAGGGGAGACCGGUGACCCUGAAAUGUGAGACUUGGCUCCCUCCACAGCGGUCAUACAUUCAGCUUCAAUUCUGCUUCUUCAGAGAAGACCAGGCCUUGGGAUCAGGCUGGAGCAGCUCCCCAGAGCUCAAUUUACCUACCAUGUGGAGUGAAAACUCAGGGUCUUACUGGUGCCAGGCAGAGACAGUGACUCACCAUGUCAGGAAAAGAAGCUUGAGAUCCCAGAUACAUGUGCAGAGAGUCCCUGUGUCUGAUGUAAAUCUAGAGAUCCAGCCCCCCGAGGGGCAGCUGAUUGAAGGAGAAAAUCUGCUCCUUAUCUGCUCAGUAGCCAACGGUACAGGGACUGUCACAUUCUCCUGGCACAGAGAGGGCACAGUGAGAAGUUUGGGAACAAAGACCCAGCGUUCCUUGUCGGCAGAGCUGCAGAUACUCACUGUGAAGGAGCAUGAUGCUGGGAGAUACUACUGUGCAGCUGACAACAUUCACGGUCCCAUCCUCAGUGAACUGAUUAGAGUCACACUGAGAAUUCCAGUGUCUCGCCCUGUCCUCACCCUCAGGGCUCCUGGGGCCCAGGCUGUGGUGGGGGACGUGAUGGAGCUUCACUGUGAGGCCCGGAGAGGCUCUCCCCCGAUCCUGUACCGAUUUUAUCAUGAUGGUGUCAGCCUGGGGAGCAGCUCAGUUCCCUCAGGAAAAGCAUUCUUCAAAUUCUCUCUGACUGCAGAACAUUCUGGAAACUACUCCUGUGAGGCUGACAAUGGCCUGGGGGUCCAGCUCAGUGACAGAGUGACUCUCAGUGUCACAGUUCCAGUGUCUCAUCCUGUCUUCACCUUCCACCCUGCUGGGGUCCAGGCUAUAGCGGGAGAUGUGUUAGAGCUUCGCUGUGAGGCCCAAAGAGGCUCUCCCCCGAUCCUGUACUGGUUUUAUCACAAGAAUGUCACCCUGGGGAGCAUCUCGGACCCCUUUGGAGGAGGAGCAUCCUUCAACCUCACUCUGAUGGCAGAGCAUUCUGGGAACUUCUCUUGUGGGGCUGACAAUGGCCUGGGGGUCCAGCGCAGUGAGAUGGUGACACUCAGCGUCACAGGGCCUUCCAGUAACAAAAUAACGCUUAUCACCGAGGGGGUCACUGCAGGGCUGCUAAGCAUCCUUGGCCUUGCUGCUACUGCUGCUCUGGUGUGUUACUUCAGGACCCAAAGGAAUUCAGGAGGACUUUCCACCACUGGAACACCUAGUUACAGUCCCAGGGAGUUUAAGGAACCUUCUAGAACCUCCAACACAGACCCCCAAGAACCCACUUACUCUGAACCACCAGACCCAAUGGAACAGCAGCCAGUGUACAGCAAUGUGGAUCUUGGUGAGAGUGACCUGGUUUAUUCCCAGAUCUGCAGCAUCCAAGAUACAAAAGAAAAUUCAGCAAAUUCACCAAAGAAACACUGGGAGGAUAAGGAGCCUGCAGUCAUCUAUUCAGAGUUGAAGAAGGCACAUCUAGAUGAUUCUGCAGGGCUGGCCAUCAAUCAAGACAGGGACCUUGAAGAUGCUGCAGAAAACUAUGAGAAUGUCCCAUGUGCAUUGUCAGCCAUAGACCACUAGCUCUGUACCCAUAGUGGCUCACAGAGACCCUGAGAAGCAGCCUGUGUCAUUAUCUCUGUUAUCUCCAGCCAUGCUACCUCUUUCCCCCCAGGGCUCAGCAUCCCAAGAGGCUGGGCUAUAGGGGACAUCAGGCUGGGUGAAAGUUCUGCCAACUUCCUCUGUGCCUGAGUCUGUGUAUUAUCUAGGAACAUAGUGAGCAGCAUUUGAGUAAAUUCUGCAUUCUUUUCACAGUAGAGACACAUGUGAAGGCAGGGCAGUUGGGCCUUCAGCUCCCAGGCCUGUUGAUGAGAAAGGAGAAAUGGUCUAGCCAGGAUCACGAGGAUGCAAUCGUGACCAGUUGAUCUAAGUGGGAUCAAAAUCUUUUUAUGUACUAUCUCUACAUAAACAGUUUGUUCUAAACAUCUUGUUUCCAUUUUUGUGGGGUUGAUAGUGGCAUGGCUGAUGUUCUGUUGUACAUGCUUUGUUCCAGCUACCAAAUUGGAAACAACCAAAAAGCUUUGUUCUAGCCACAUAUAUACUAUUUCUUCAUGAACUAUACAUCAGUAUUAAGAUUUUUUUAAAUAACACAUUCUAUUUAAUGGGAGAGAGCUUCCAAAUUGUCUGAUUAGAUAGUAUAAUGUGGACUGAAUUGUAUUCUCUCAAAAUUCAAUGUGACUAUACUUGGAGAUAGGACCUUUAAGGAGAUAAUUAUGGUUAAAUGAGGUCAUAAGGGUGGCCCCUAAUUGAAUUGGACUGGUGUCUUUCUAAGAAGAAGAGGAGACACCAGAGCCCUCUCUAUCUUUCUUCAUGCACACAGAGGAAAAGCCAUGUGAAGACACAGCAAGAAAGAUAUCUGCAAAGCCUGAAGGUGGCAAGAAGAGAGGUCUCGCCAGAAACCAACUCUGCCAGCACCUUGAUCUUGGACUUCUAGAACUGUGAGAAAAUAGAUAUCUGAUGUUUAAGCCACCUAGUCUGUGGUAUUUUGUUAUGGCAGCCAGAGCAGACUAACACAAAUUUAUACAUAGAUACAUAGAUGACAAAUGAUUGAUGACAACGAUGAUGAUGAUAGAUAGAUAGAUAGAUAAAGAUAGAUGCAGGUAUAUGACACACACACACAUACACACCGCAGCCCACACAGAAUUUGUAGUCUUCAAGAUACUUCAUCUCUCAUAAGAUCAAACGUUCCUCCUACAAGUUGCAGCUCAGUUUUACUGUUUAAUUAUUCAACAUCCACUAUUUGAUGGCUACAGAAGCAUCAACAUCAAUCUUGGAAGGUCAGUAGAGCCAAUGAUUUACAUGACUCAGAUGGUAAAGCUUAGUGUCACUCAGGAGCCCUCAUGACCUGAGCUGGCAGUGGGUGUAGAGAUGCAAGGCAAUUAGUAGGCUCAAAGGAAGACAUCCCCUUCCAUUGCUCAGUGACUCCUAAUCAAUUCCUCAAUUGACUGACAGAUAUUGGGUGUCUACCAAUGAAGAAAAAACAUUUUUUUAAGUAUGCCAGCAAAAAUGUCAGAAGCAGUUUUAUUCAUAAGUUCUGCUGAGGCAGAAAAGGAAUAAUUGAAAUUGUUAGCCUCUAUCACCUAGUGUUACACUGAACUUUUUUAGCUUUGAAAACAAUAGACCUUAAGGAAAGAAGGUAGAAGUUCACUGAGGACUGAUGCACCUCAACUGAUACAAUUUAUGGACAUCAUUGAUUUUACACCAGCCAUUGUUGAUAACGUUAAGUAAAUAAUGAAAUGAUGCUUUGCAAACCUUGAAAACAACUCAAGCAUAAAAGUAUUGUGUAUUUCAAAUUUUAUGUUUUUCCCCUUGGGUGUCAGAAGCUUAGACAUCAGGAAGUAUAACAUAUAUCAAAAUGCAAUCUGAUUUGAGGCUUUUAGCCUUGACUAAUGAAUUCAACUAACAAGAUCAUUUGCCAAGGGAAAAAAUGAUUGCCUUCUUAAAGAGGAAAUACAUAUUUUUAUUAUGAAAGAGGGACUUACCAUUCUAGUUUCCAUAUUAGUAGGUACAACAUGCAAUCCAUAAUGUAUGCCUGGCCUUUAGAGGGAGAAAGGAAUCCAGGUGUAGUCUGUGUCUGUCCUUAAAUUUUGCUCCAAAUGCCUCCCCACCUUGAGCUCCAGAACGAAUAAGGUAUACAGGAGAAGGGGAACAUGACACUAGAUCCAGCUGUGGGAAACCCAUCUAAAAGAGUUGUGACAAAAGGCAGGUUUUCUCUCUUGACUUCAGAGAGAAAAAAAUCCUUAAGGGAGAAAGACAGGAUUGAGGUAGCUUCCCACGGACAGUGAAAGCCACUCUCCAGGAGUGCAUGCAAGAGGUGCAAGCAGCACCAAGGACAGCAACCUAUAAGACGGACAGAAUCAGGAAAUGCCAGCAAGAAAUGGGGACACCAGAGGGGCUGUACAGCCUACAGAAUAGUUCCGAGUGUAUGGAGGACCUCCCUCCCCAAACCCCUUAUGCAGAUCUUCAAACUAAGGGCAAAUAGUAGUACCUGUAAGCAGUCAGGGAGAGUCGAAGGAAUAUUUGAGAGAAGAUUCAUGAGGCAAUUAUUUUCCCAACUAGUCAGGAAGGUAACAGUUGAGGCAUUAAGAUUCAAGACAUUACUAUAAUUACUUUCUUUACAUUUAUUUUAUUUUUUUUACAAAUAAUUGAAUAAUUUAUGCAGAGUAAACUGCAUAGAUUUAAAGUAUACAAUUUGAUGAAUUUUGACAAAUAUAUGCACCCAUGAAGACACUACCACAAUCAAGAUGCCAAAUAUCUCCAUCACCCCCCAAAGUUUCCUUAUCCUGUACGUAAUACUUCUUUCCCUCCACCUUUAUCUUAUGCAGUCAUUGAUAUGCUUUCUGUCACCGUAGAUUACAGUGUAUGCUGUAAGAUUUUAUAUAAAUAGAACCAUAGAGUAUAUACUCUUCUGUGCCUGGCUUCUUUCACCAAGCAGAAAGAUUUUGAGAUUCAUUCACAUUGCUUCAUGAAUCCAUAGUAUAUAUAUAUAUUUUAUUGCUGAGUAAAUAUACCAUUAUAUGUAUAUACCACUUUUGUUAUCCAUUUACCUGUUAAUGGACAUUCGGAUUGUUUCAUUUGUCAUUAUUAAAAAUAAAGCUGCUAUGA